CUUGUAAAAUCUUACACUUUUUACUGUGACAUUUAUUGUCAUACGGUAUUACUUUCCUUAAAUAAAAAUAAGUAUACCAAAAUGAAGCUGAUUAUUAGAACCACCAAAGAAGAAGCUAACGAAUGGGCUGCCAAGUUUAUCGUAAAACAAAUUAAUGAUUUUAGACCGGGUCCACGAAAUUACUUCGUUCUGGCUUUAUCGAUUUACUCCAAUGCACUUGGAUUAUGUAGCAAGUUAGUAGAAUUCUAUGAAUCAGGAAAAGUUUCAUUUAAAUUCGUUAAGAUUUUUAACCUGGAAGAAUACGUGAACCUGUCCGAAAAUCAUCCUCAAAGCUAUCACUACAAGAUGUGGAAGCAUUUGUUCCGACAAAUAGAUAUAUCACCAUCAAACGUUAUAAUACCAGACGGAAACGUAAAAGAUUUAGUAGCUGAGUGUAAGCAAUAUGAGAAUAAAAUACAAAACAAUGGUGGGUUUGAUUUAUUUUUAGGUGAAAUAUCACCCGACGGUCAGUUGAGUUUUAAUGAACCUGCAUCCUCGUUGGGAUCACGCACACGAGUUAAAAAUUUGGCUCAUGUUAGAAAGUUAGAGAGAGCACGACAAUUCGAAAACGAUGUCAGCAAGGUCCCUAAGCGUGCCAUUAGUGCAGGAGUGGGCACUAUUAUGGAUGCGAGGAACGUUGUACUUUAUGCCUCUGGUUCUGACAAAGCGUUUGCUUUAUAUAAAGCUGUUGAGGAAAACAUUAAUCAUAUGGUGAUUCUUUCUGUGUUUCAGAAGCAUCCUCAGACCUUUAUUGUAUGCGAUAAACAAGCAACUUUUGAAUUAAAAGUAAAAACAAUAGAUUAUUUUUCUUCUUUGUGUGACCCGCUUACAGAAACUGCGGCUAAUCGCUACAGCGAGUAGAAUUUGUAAGAUACAAUAAUUAUAUCUAUCAGUUCAAUCUCUAAUUGUAUUUAAAUCCUAAUUUUGACAAUGUAUUGCUAAUUUAUUAAUAUGUUAUGUAUGUUUAAUUUAAAUACAAAAAGUACUAAAUUUA